UCUCAUCUAAUUGCAAACAAUUUAAAUUUGUUAAUGACAAAACCUUCUUUUCCUAAAAGGAUUUAAUAUCAUUUUGGACAAAUCUUUCCUGAAAAAACAAGCAGACAAAGAUUAUGAAGAUCAUUUUUGACAAAUCCACUCAGCCGGUCCUCUGCUGCCAGAAGCUCUCCAUGUGAUGCCUCACUUUUACGCAACAGGUUCCACGAGAUCAAUUCAACAGUAGCGACUCCGAUCAAUGUAGGAAGAAGAAGCAUGCUGUCAACGUUUCGGCCCUUUGGCACCGAGCAGGAGAUCAACUCAUGGGAUGUAGUGGAUGCAGAGUCAGGUUCAACUUUGGAAAGGCGCUGUCCAAAGUCUCGGUGUUUUUUACCAUGGUCCUGAUCUUCACCUACUUAUUCUACUGCCUCACUGGAAUUUGUGAUUCAGCUCCGAGAACUUUAUACAGCCAGCAAAACUUAGACUAUGACAUCUUGGACAAUCAUCGCCGCAUUCUUGGCGACCUGCGACCGCCGCCGCGCCUCGUCCCGGACGCGCAGUCUCACCGGAACGGCACAGCCUCCGCGGACGCAGAGCAGGUGGACGCGCCGGGGCAGCUUCCGCACCGCGAGCCGGACAGCUCAAAGGAAAGCGUUCAGAGCAACGGCAUCCCCGUGUCCAACACAUUCGGGUCCAAAAGGUUCCCGCAGGCGAUUAUAAUCGGCGUGAAGAAAGGAGGAACCCGCGCCCUGCUGGAGUUUCUCCGCAUCCACCCGGACGUGAGAGCGGUCGGUGCAGAGCCUCACUUCUUCGACAGGUUUUAUGAUAGAGGACUGGAGUGGUACAGGAACCUGAUGCCUCGGACGCUGGAUGGCCAGAUCACCAUGGAGAAGACCCCCAGCUACUUUGUCACAAAGGAGGCUCCCGGUCGUGUCUGCACUAUGAACUGCCAAACCAAGCUCAUUGUUGUGGUGAGGGAUCCUGUGACGCGGGCAGUGUCUGACUACACCCAGACGCUGUCCAAGAACCCCGGCCUUCCAUCCUUCCAGAGCCUGGCCUUGAGAAACUCCUCCACAGGUCUGAUUGACACCACGUGGAGCGCCGUGCGCAUCGGCCUCUACGCCAAACAUCUGGAGAACUGGCUCCAGCACUUCCCCUUGUCUCAUUUUCUUUUUGUCAGUGGUGAGCGGUUGGUGUUGGAUCCGGCCGGGGAGAUGGGCCGGGUUCAGGACUUCCUGGGACUGAAACGGGUUGUUUCAGACAAGCACUUCUAUUUCAAUCAGACCAAAGGUUUUCCCUGCUUGAAGAAGCCCGAGGGGAGUAGCAGGCCUCGCUGCCUUGGAAAGUCUAAGGGCAGGCCUCAUCCCCAGAUCCCCUCUGAGGUCCUGCAGAGGCUCAGAGACUUCUACAGGCCCUUCAAUCAGCGUUUCUACCAGAUGAGUGGGCAAGACUUUGGCUGGGACUAACAGAGGAGGAUCCUGUCAUAGCCCAGAUAAAAGCCAGUCUCUUGCUUUCUGUAGAGACUGUUUAAUGCUCUGCAGGGCUAACGUUCUCAGGGACGGGGUGGAGGAAUACAAAGUCCACCAACUGGGACUCUCUUCGGGCUAUUUUGCCUCAGUGGGAUCAACAUGACAUGCAGCACAGGAGCUGUUUAGUGGAGUAAAAGCUGAACACGGUGCUGCUAAUAUGCAAGUUAAACACAUAGUUAAUGGCUCAGUUAUGAAACCAUUAAACCAUUUUCUUGCUUUUAUGUUAAUGUUAGAAGGAAACUAAGUACCAAAGGGAAAGCAAAAAAAAUGUCUGAAUAUAAUUUUAGACUUGCUUCAUGUUUUGUUUAUAAAAAUAAGCUGAUAUUUAUAGUUUCUGUUGAUUUAAAAUACAACAGUUACAGAGUUUUUUUUAUGAAAAAAAGUAUUUAUUACAUGACAAAGCAACACACAAGACUGAUUAAACAUUCCUUGACACGACAUUGGGAAAAAAUGUCACAUUCAAUGAUAAACCACUAUUUCUUUUUGCUUAUCGGCAUUAUUUCCUGGACUGCAUUUAUAUUCUCAUUACUGUUUCAAAACGGCCUUUGAAAUGAAAUGAGUUGGAUAUUGCUGGCUAUGUACAUUGCAGUUAAUAUACCAAAUGAUACCUCAUCUGUAAAUAUUAAAUGUAUAACAGUUAUUAAAAAACCACACAUACACACAUUCCAUUCACAGAAACGUACGUAUUUGUACAUAUUUUUCCCUUCAAAUGUACAUUACUGUUUUAAUUGCCUUGGACAGUGCCAACUGUAUCAGCUGUUACUCCGUUACAAUAAAUGACUAUUUUGAUCUGUGAUUAUUUUGAACCAUUUUUAACUCCGUAUGUAAAGUACGCAAAGCACAGUGCAGUGUAUGAAACCGUAAUUCUGACUCUGACUCUCUGUUAUGAAAUA